CUUGCCCCGUGCGGCGGAGGACGGGCGUGCAAGCAGCCCAAGGAGCCCAGGCAGCAGCCCGUGUACCAGCAGUCGCCCUACGGACCCUGCCACUAUGAGAUGAAGCAGUUCCUGGAAUGUGCUACCAACCAGAGAGACCUGACCUUGUGCGAGGGCUUCAACGAGGCUCUGAAGCAGUGCAAGUACAGCAACGGUGUUUCUUCUCUCCUGUGAAGAAUCUGCCCCCCUGUAGGGAAGAGGAGCGUGGUGUAGAGCCCUGCUGCCUGCGAGGAGCAGAAGGACGGACAGGGGAUGAGCUGGAGGGAGCAGACUGACCGGACAGGAGUCUUCUAGUGGUAAUUCACUUCUGGGCUAGUAGGGAAGGAAAGGAAUGGUUGGACCUGUGAGACUUCGGAAUUCAGAUAGUGCUGUAUUUAUUACAGAGAAAUAAAGGUGUUCAUUUGGACCUA